AAAACAAAAAAAAAGCCGCGGCAGACGGGCUGUAGUCAACGCUAAUGAAUGAGAGGUCUGCGCGUGGAGUUGCGGCAAAUACGUAACGCGACUUUUGAUUUGGAACAUCUGAUAUUGGGAUCCUUCUUUCUUCUCCUUUCGACAAUUUACAUUUCUUUUUCGUUUCUAUCGAAAUAAGGGAUAUUUCUUUGCAGUGGUCUUAUUUAUCUGCUUGCCGAUAAGAACCAGGAAGGGAAUUUUCGCUUUUCAACAAAAAAUUUCAAAUCAAGAAAAUAAAAUAAAAAAAAAGAAUACUGCAAGUCAUCGAUCGGGAAUGGUGAAGGAGACAGAAUACUACGAUGUGUUAGGGGUCAGCCCUUCCGCUACAGAGGCUGAAAUCAAGAAAGCUUAUUAUAUCAAGGCACGGCAGGUUCACCCAGAUAAAAAUCCAAAUGAUCCUCUAGCAGCACAGAAUUUUCAGGUGUUGGGAGAGGCUUACCAAGUAUUAAGUGAUCCGGCACAACGACAAGCAUAUGAUGCUUAUGGGAAAUCAGGAAUCUCAACUGAGGCAAUUAUUGAUCCUGCAGCAAUAUUUGCAAUGCUUUUUGGUAGUGAGCUUUUUGAGGAAUAUAUAGGACAGCUUGCUAUGGCAUCAAUGGCCUCAUUAGACAUUUUCACGGAAGGGCAGCAGUUUGAUGCCAAAAAGUUGCAAGAGCAAAUGAGGGUUGUUCAGAAGGAAAGAGAAGAAAAGCUUGCAGAAAUACUGAAAGAUCGACUAAAUCAAUAUGUGCAAGGAAACAAAGAGGACUUUGUUAGUCAUGCGCAAGCUGAAGUAUCGAGGCUCUCUAAUGCAGCUUAUGGCGUUGAUAUGUUGAAUACAAUUGGUUAUAUAUAUGCAAGACAAGCAGCAAAAGAGCUUGGGAAGAAAGCAAUAUACUUGGGUGUGCCAUUCAUAGCUGAGUGGUUUAGAAACAAAGGCCACUUUAUUAAAUCCCAAGUAACAGCAGCAACUGGUGCAAUUGCUUUGCUUCAGCUGCAGGAGGACAUGAAGAAGCAGCUUAAUGCCGAAGGAAACUACACUGAGAAGGAGCUUGAAGAGUACAUGCAAUCUCACAAGAAGCUGAUGAUUGAUUCAUUAUGGAAGCUUAAUGUAGCCGACAUAGAAGCUACCCUUUCUCGUGUUUGUCAAAUGGUUCUCCAAGAUAACAAUUCCAAAAAGGAAGAGCUUCGAACACGAGCAAAGGGGUUGAAAACUCUGGGUAAAAUCUUCCAGAGGGCCAAGUCAGUGAAUGGAAGCGAGAGUGAACCUGUACUAAGCAGUAGUGAGGUACAUAAAUUGGAUGGAAGUCAACCAAGCUAUGAUGGUAGUUCUCCAAAUGCAUCACCAAAGUCCCUAAACCAGGAAGAGUUAUCUUGUUCUACAUUUGCAUCACAGAGCCCAUAUGUGGAGGCCCCUAACUUUGUGGAUGCUGAGUUCACCUACAACUUCCCAAGGCCAACAGCACCACCUGGUGCACAAAGACAUCCUUGAAUUAGCAGAGAUCUAAAGGUGUAUGCUUGUAUUAUACAGCUAUCAUAUGUAUCGAUAUUGUGGGUGCAGCUGGCACAGGUGUUUUGAGUGUUAUAUCAUUUGUUCCUUCAUACCUGUGAGCUGUGAUAUGAAAGAGCACAUCCAACCCCCAAGUGAGCAUGUUUUUUAUGGCAGAUUAGAUCUAUAUGCAUAGGGAGAAAGAUGGCUGUAGAAUAUACUUUUUUCCGUUGUCAAAGGCUGGCCGAGAUUGGCUGCCUGGUUUCUUCAAUGACGGUUUGUUGUUUUAUUUCUUUUGGUUCGUUUUGCAUUUGUUGUGUUUUCAUUUUCACAAUGUAAAUGAGUGACUCGUACACCUUGUGACGUCGUUUUAUUUGAAGCACAGAGAUUGCAAUUCGUCUUUUUCAUA